GCCCACCACCUACAAAGCGAAGCAGAAGAAGUCGCGAGGAAAGGAUGCGGUAGAAGAUGACAGCAGCUCCUGUCCGGUUAUUGCUCAACUUCAUGCCAGCUCGCCGUCCGGUGGUUCAGACUGUUCGGAGCGGAACAACCAGAGGGAUCCGGACGGGAGCUCACAGCCGGAACCAGAUGGUUAUUGCAGGGAAGCUGGUGCGGAACGGAGACAGUAGGAAGACUGUGAUCUGCGUUGAGGGGAAUAUAGCAAGUGGCAAGACUACGUGUUUGGAGUAUUUCAGCAAAACCAGCAACAUCGAGGUCCAGACAGAACCAGUUUCUAAAUGGAGGGAUGUCCAUGGACACAAUCCUCUGGCCCUGAUGUACCAGGACCCUCAGCGAUGGGGCAUCACUCUGCAGACGUACAUUCAGCUCACAAUGUUGGAUAAACACCUGUCAGCCACUGCUGCUCCUGUCACCAUGAUGGAACGGUCUAUCUUCAGUGCCAAGUACAUCUUUGUGGAGAAUCUUUUACGGAGUGGGAAAAUGCCGGAGGUGGACUAUGUUGUUCUAAGCGAGUGGUUUGAUUGGAUCACCACAAACAUUUCCCUCCCAGUCGACCUGAUUGUUUACCUGCAGACAUCUCCUCGCACCUGCCAUGAGAGGUUAAAGCAGAGAUGCAGAGAGGAGGAGAAAGUCAUUCCACUGGAGUAUCUGGAGUCCAUUCAUCAGCUGUAUGAGGACUGGCUCAUUAAGGGCAGCUCCUCUCCAGUUCCUGCUCCUGUUUUGGUCAUCCCUGCUGACCAUGACCUCCAAAAGAUGCUGCACAAGUAUGAGGAGCAUCGUGAGAAGAUUCUAACAGCUAGCACCAAAAAACAUCACACACUCUGAAACACUGCCAUGGAUGAACAUAGAUCUGUGUGCAGAUCUGUUUGAGUAGUUUAUUACUGUAUCUUAAGCUGCUACAAAACUUUUUAGAUGUCUGAAUUACAUUUAGUUUGUUUUAAUUGCAAAUUGGACAACUGUGGACCAAACAUCAAUGCUGCUUAUGUACCUACUGGGAUAAAAUUGCUGGCUUCCCUGGUAAAGAUUUUCAAAUUGCAUUGAAACAAAUAGUUUUUAACAAUAAUCUUAUUGCAGCAGCAUAAUAUCACAGUACAAAAUGUAGAAAACCUCAUCUUUUUAUCUGAAUACAUUCAACCCAUGGAAAGAAUUUAAUAAUUUUUAAUUAAAUCCCUGGUGGAAUAAUUAUUGGAACGCCGGAUGUUAAUACACAACAACUUUCUUUGUUGGCCAUGUGAUUUAAGUCUUUAUCAUGUUGAAAAGCCUGAUGAAGAAGCAUUAUCAGUUUGCUGGUAGACCCCACCAGAUUUUUCUUUAAAAUCUAGUUUUUCAGGGAGUUCAUGAUGCCAUGCACUCUUAAGUGUUCCCUGGACCCACAGCGUAGAUCCCCUAGUGUGCUUUUCCACACAUUCAUCCUUUAUUUCCCACAAACUGGGUUUUAAAUUUUUUUUUGCUGAAAAGCUCUUUUUGAAUUUUAUCUGGUAAACGCUCACAGUUCCUGUUGAGGUUGCUGCAGGGUUUAACAAACACCACGUUUAAUUUUGUGAUGGUAGAACAGGAACGUCAAACAACAGCUUGGCACAUGGAGUAUGCUGGUUGUUCUGGGGGCUAGAAGAAAGAGGUCUCUGUGUCAUGUCCUAAAUGAAACUCCAGGGAAAUAGUCAUGGGUUACUCAACUCAAAAAGUAGAAAUAAAAAAGUUUUCAGUUACAUUAAUUUUAAAGGGAUUGUUAGGGAUACCAACCACUGUGCCACCAGUAAUUUUGUUAUACUGUCAAGCUUUUGUUUUCCACUGUAUUCAUUUUGAUGUUAUGCUGCUGUAAUAAAAGAUGAAAAUAUUUGAAGACCUUUUCCAGAUCUUUGCCAGGGGAGCAGACAGUUUGUCUGUACGUAUGUUCUUGCAGGCUGCUUGGAUCAUCUUAAAACAGUCAUAACAAAAUCUCUGCGGAGUGGAAAACGUUCAGACAUGCAACUAACCUUAGAUUUUGUCAAACUUUCCACUGUUUUAUAAUGAAAUGUUUUGAAAAGAAACUGAUCCAUUUUGUAACCCCCAUUCUAAUGAAGUUCUGAUGUCGUGUAAACUGUAAAUAAAAACAGAAUACAAUGA